AAACUCCACCAUUGAAACAAUUACAACUACAAGCACUACCAAUACUCAUUUCCAAAAGCACAAACAACUCAAUGGAAGGUACUACCUGGACUGCAUAUGCAGCAGUAUUUCUUGGUACUUUGUUUCUUCUACUCCUUUCCAAAUAUCUUCGCCAGAGGAAACUCAACUUACCUCCAGGCCCAAAACCAUGGCCAAUCAUCGGAAAUUUAAACCUCAUGAGCGAACUUCCUCACCGAUCAAUCCACAAACUUUCCCUCAAGUAUGGUCCCAUUAUGCAUCUCCAAUUCGGGUCAUUCCCCGUUGUAGUGGGCUCCUCCGUCGAAAUGGCCAAAAUUUUCCUCAAAACCAUGGAUGUCAACUUUGUAGGCCGGCCUAAAACGGCUGCAGGAAAAUACACCACCUACAACUAUUCAGAUAUCACCUGGUCCCCGUACGGAUCCUAUUGGCGUCAGGCACGUAGAAUGUGCCUGAUGGAGUUGUUCAGUGCUAAAAGGCUCGAUUCAUAUGAGUAUAUUCGGGCAGAGGAACUCCAUUCUCUUCUCCAUAAUUUAAACAAAUUAUCAGGGAAACCGAUUAUGCUGAAAGAUCAUUUGACGACGCUGAGUUUAAAUGUUAUUAGCAGGAUGGUACUAGGGAAGAGCUACUUGGACGAGUCUGAGAACUCGAUUGUGGAUCCCGAGGAAUUUAAGAAGAUGUUAGACGAGUUGUUUUUGCUAAAUGGUGUCCUCAAUAUUGGAGAUUCAAUUCCCUGGAUUGAUUUCAUGGACUUGCAAGGUUAUGUUAAGAGGAUGAAAGUUGUGAGCAAAAAAUUCGACAAGUUUCUGGAGCAUGUACUUGAUGAGCAUAACGCGAGGAGGAACGCAGUGGAAAAUUAUGUUGCUAAAGACAUGGUGGAUGUUUUAUUGCAGCUUGCUGAUGAUCCAACUCUGGAGAUUAAGCUGGAAAGACAUGGAGUCAAAGCAUUCACUCAGGAUUUGUUGGCUGGUGGAACUGAGAGUUCAGCAGUGACAGUGGAGUGGGCCAUUUCAGAGCUACUAAAGCAGCCAGAUAUUUUCAAUAAGGCUACUGAAGAAUUGGAUCGUGUAAUUGGCCAGAAUAGAUGGGUACAAGAAAAGGACAUUACAAAUCUUCCUUACAUUGAGGCAAUUGUCAAAGAGACUAUGCGACUGCACCCUGUGGCACCAAUGCUGGUGCCACGUGAGUGUCGAGAAGACUGCAAGGUAGCUGGCUACGACGUUCAGAAAGGGACCAGGGUCCUCGUGAGCGUGUGGACCAUCGGAAGAGACCCUACAUUGUGGGACGAGCCUGAGGCGUUCAAACCUGAGAGAUUCCUGGAGAAGUCCAUCGAUGUCAAAGGACACGAUUUUGAGCUUUUGCCAUUUGGAGGCGGGAAGAAGGAUGUGCCCGGCUAUAGCUUGGGGCUUAAGGUGAUUCAAGCUAGCUUAGCUAAUCUUCUACAUGGAUUUCAGUGGUCAUUGCCUGAUAAUAUGAGCCCUGAGGACCUCAACAUGGAUGAGAUUUUUGGGCUCUCCACGCCAAAAAAGUUUCCACUUGCUGCUGUGAUUGAGCCAAGACUUCCAGCAAAUCUUUACUCUACUUGAUUCAACACAACUGUGGUUCCAUCAAGAUAGACUUUUUCUAUGUUUCAAUGGUUCUCUAAAUCUUACGAUGUUUUUUUUUUUUUUUUUUUUUUUUGUCUGGUUAUCCAACUUCUAUCUUAUGUCUUUUUCUUUGUGUCGAAGUGGUUUGUAGUGAAUACAAAACGUGUAUGUCAUAAUAAAGCAGAUAACAUUUCAGAAUU